AUGCGACACACGUCACGGACCAACAUCGUUGUCUGUGUCGUCCUAUGGCUUCUCCUGGUCCAUAUUAUCCGAUCAUCUGUGCUUUGUCGCCCUCUGGGUCUGAGUUGGGAUCGAGAUGUCGACGACGACAACAAGAACGAUCACAGGAAGUCGUCAUCGUCAUCGCCACCAUCGUACGAGUACCAACAUGUUCAAGAUCACGGUCGUGAUCAUGGCAGGGGAAACUCAAAGGGGAACGCAUACGUGUUUUACGCCACUUCAAAUCUCUACGCUUGCAGUGCCAUGGUCAACGUCGACCGUCUCACGAGGGUCUUCCGCACGCCGCAUCCGAUAUACAUUCUUGUUUCGCGCGGCGUGAGUGAGAAGUACACGCGGACAUUCAGGGACGUGUACAAUGUCACGGUGCUGGUUCACGAACCUCCGCGGCUCCACGACGGGGCGGCACCGUAUUAUCAGGACGUCAUGCUCAAGUUGCUUGCGUUUGGGUUGAAUAAUUUGACGAGUACGACGCCGAGUACGACGAGCCGGGUAGAUCCAGGACCAGGACCGGCGGGGGGGAGGGUCGAGAGGGCCAUCGUCAUGGAUGCCGAUGUCCUCGUUUUGAGAUCACUGGACAAUUUGUUUGGACUGGUUGGUGGUGACUUUGAUGCCGAUGCUGGAGUUGUAGAUGUCGCUGCACCCCAUGCCUACUGGCUCGAGCAGGGACAACAUCGACAACAACAACAUCGACAACAAGAACAACAACAACAACAACAACAACAACAACACAAGCAGCAGCACCAGCAGACGAAUGCCAUGGAUGGCGGAAGGGGCACGAAAAGAAAAGGCGUGACGAGUGCGGUGAUGGUACUCAGAUUAUCCGACGUGUUGUGGGAACGUACGGAGAAUGCAUUGGAUAGAGUACGGCGCGGUGAUAGAGUGGAGGUGUAUGAUAUGGAUUUGAUCAAUGAGGAGUUCUUCGGUGCCGGGUUGGGUGGUGCAGGUGAUGAUGGAGGAGGAGGAGGAGGAGGAGGCACGGUGCUCCCGGGCGCAUAUUGUACUUUAAAUAGCCAUUGGGAAGUACAGGAGGUACCGGCCUGGUCGAGGUUCAGCGAUGAGGGUUAUUCUCGACCGCCGUUGAAGAAGACAGAGAACUCUAGUAGUGGUGGUGGUGGUGGUGGUGGUGUUGGGAAUGCCGACAGGACACACCGCAGCAACUCCACCACCAUCACAGCUGCUUCCGACGGCGCCGCCGCUGGUACCGCCGACGGUCGCGGUCUUGUCGAAGACCCCCUGACCUCUCUCUUCUAUGGCGAGGCGCACAUCCUCCACUUCACGGCCCUGGGGAAGCCGUGGAGCGUCACGGUCCAGAGCGUUCACCAGGCGAGACCGGAGGCACAUCCUCUUUUCGCCGAGCAGUUUCUCCUCUGGCGCCGAGCGGCCAAGUAUGUUUGUCCGGCGUUGGGCGUGGGUGAGACGGGGUGGAACGAGAUCGUCGGGAAGAGGUAUACUCAUCCUGGCGAGGCGGUGGCCGAGGGCGAUGGAAGUGCGGGUCCGGAUGUCGCUGCGAGUCCUGUCACAGACAGGUUCUUGGACGACAUAUAA